UUUAACGAGUGAUACCAUAUUAAACCAAGAACGGUCAUAAUCCGAGUUUCCACAUAUUUCUAGAAAAAAAUAAUAAAUACAAAAUUUGUUCCUUAACUUAAAACUAUUCAAAGUCUAUAAAAUUCUAAGACCACCAAACUCUCCACACAAAAAUAGUUCAUAAAAACCAAACAUGCUGCAGUGCUACAAUCGAGGAUGUGGUCAAACAUACGACCCUGAAACCAACAACGAUGACUCCUGUUGCCAUCAUCCUGGUGCUCCAUAUUUCCAUGAUGCCUACAAAGGCUGGUCAUGCUGCAAGAAAAAAAGUGUCGACUUUACUGAGUUCCUAAAUUUCAAAGGAUGCACCAAAUCAAAACACUCCAAUGUGAAACCUCCAGAGCCAGAGAAACCCAAAGAGAAUGUCGAUAUACCUGAACCCACUAAAGAAAUUCGACCACCCAUCAAUACCGAAGCAAUGACACGGCCAGACUUCAACUCUUCCCUAACACAAAUCAGUGCGACGGUUGCGCCUGCUUUGAAACAAGCUAUAGAUAGUUUAAAAGCUAAGACCGGCAAAGUGGAUGGUAAUUCUUUGAAAUCGGGAGAUAUCCCCAUUGGAACUGCGUGUAAAAAUCGUGGUUGCAAGUAUUCCUAUGCAGGUUCGCCAAGCGACGAAGAGGAAUGCCAAUAUCAUCCGGGUGUUCCGAUUUUCCACGAAGGUCUUAAAUACUGGUCAUGCUGCCAGAAAAAGACUACUGACUUUGGAACUUUCAUGGCACAGCCAGGGUGCGCCUAUGGAUCACACAAAUGGUUCAAGGACGACGAAGACAAAGUGGUGAAUUGUCGGUAUGACUGGCAUCAAACCGCUUCGAAUGUCAUCGUCGCCAUUUACGCCAAAAUGUACCACUACGAAUUGAGCAGCGUCAAAGUCAAUCCCAUCCGCCUUAAAGUUUGUCUUAUCUUCCCUGAGCAAGAUGAUUCUGAAUUUAAUUUAGAUUUAGAGCUAAGAGGAAUUAUCAAAGUCGAACAAACGCAAGUUCAAAUGUAUGGAACUAAAAUAGAGAUAACGAUGCCAAAAGCAGAAGCUGGAUCCUGGGCUAAACUGGAUUUCCCACGGAAAAAAGAACAACCAAAGUCAAAUAAUAGCGACGGGAAAAUGAUGAAGAACCACCAAGCAGAUGAUAAUUCGGACUCAGACUUCGAUUUGGACGACAUUGAAAAUGUAUCGGCGGGUGUCAGGCUGACGGAUAUUUCCUAAGAACUCUUAAUUCGAAUAAAAACCAAAAUAAACUUUA